AGAAGCCCUCCGCCACAGCUCCGCUCCGCUCCGGCAGCGCUCCCGCCACGCCGCGCCACGGGCGGCCGCCGCUGCGCUCGCUGCGGGCCGGGGCGCUGCGCCUCGGGGCCGGCGCCGGGCGGAGGGUGCUGGGCUGGUGCCGGCUGCGCCCCGAGCGCUGCCCCCGCGGGCCGCCGGCCGGGAGGAUGCUGGAGAGCGGCUGCAAGGCGGUGAAGGAGGGCGUGCUGGAGAAGCGGAGCGACGGGCUGCUGCAGCUCUGGAAGAAGAAGCGCUGCAUCCUCACCGAGGAGGGGCUGCUCCUCGCGCCCCCCAAGCAGCCGCCUCCACCGCAGCAGCAGCAGCAACAGCAGCAGCCGCCGCCCGCAGCGCCGAGCACCGAGCCCACGGCUAAGAUUAAGGAGCUACACUUCUCCAACAUGAAGACGGUGGACUGCGUGGAGCGGAAGGGCAAGUACGUGUACUUCACGGUGGUGAUGGCCGAGGGCAAGGAGAUCGACUUUCGGUGCGCGCAGGAGCAGGGCUGGAACGCGGCGAUCACGCUGCAGAUGGUGCAGUACAAGAACCGCCAGGCCAUCCUGGCCGUGCGCUCCACCCGCCAGAAGCAGCAGCACCUGGCGCAGCAGCCCCACGGCCCGCGCCUCCGCAGCGCCUCCAACUCCGCCUAGCGCCGGCGGCACGGCGCCCCGCUCCGCUCCGCGCUGCUACGCCGCACCGCGCGGGGCAGCGACCGCGGCGGGACCGAGCGCAGCGCCUGGGGACGGAGCCGGGCGCGGCCCCGAAGCGCUUCGGCCCUUUUAUUUAUGGACCUCGGGACGGAGCCUCGGGUGUGACGGGACUUCGGGGAGACGUGAUGUACUGUAACUUUAUUUUACCGUGCUUUAUUUAUUAGGUUGUGGGUUGGUUUGUUUGUUUGUUUGUUUUUUUCCGAGGCUUGUUUGCGAGGCGUUUCUGAAUGUAGGCCGUAGCCAAAAAGCAAAGCGAAGAACGAUGUACGUGUGCUGGCUGCCUGGGGAAGCUCCGCGUAGUUUGGCCGCACGCAAUUUGACACAAGGAGCCCUUCAUUUGUGCCCCAAAUACACUGUAUUCCGCAAACACGGGGCGUGCGAUGCGCGGUUGGAACGUGGCGGAUGGAAACUCUUCUCUCUGCCGAGAAGAGCGGUUAUGGUGUAGGGUUUAAUCAUUCUCUUUCACGGCAUAUAAACGCGCGGUGGCCAACGCCGCCCCUCUGUACGCGCUCGGUCAUUCAAUGCGAGUCAUGGGUGGUGGUUGCCGGGAGAUGAAACCCAUCCGAUGGGUGCGUGAGCCGGGGGGGCCCAGCCCCAUCUGCAUGGGGUGGGGUCACAGCCGGGCUCUACCUGGCUGUGAGGCUGCUGGGGAGCCUUAGGAGCGUCCCUGAGCUCUCAGGGCUCCCUCCGGGUGUGCUGCAGGCUCUCCACCUUGGUUGGAUUUCAUCCUCUACGUGUCGUAGCGAUCAAAUGGAUUCUUCCGGUCACCGUUCCAUAAGGUGAAAGUUGCUCUAUUGGUAUUUAGAGCUGCCGGAGGCGUGUGACCUGCCUCUAAAAGCACUGAGGAAGCCAUGAAGUUGGAGAACAAAGGCACGUCCCAUAGGGUCGGUGGGCAGCUGGCUGGGGGGAGCUGCCGGCCCUGGGUGCUGUGCAGGACGGGGCUGAGCUGGGGAGCGGGGAGCAGCACGGCCCGCCUUGUUGUGGGCUCAGGGCUGCUGGUGGUAACCGAUGUGUGAGGAGAACAGCAGCGAGCCCCUUUACGAGUGUGGUGAACGUAAACAAGAUCUCUUGAAGCCAUGCAUCCAGGACUUCUGUGUUUGUGUAACUGAGACACGGUCUGUCUGUAAGACCCCGCAGCCUCACGGUGUGAGCUGUUCUCUAAGCGCUUAAAGGCAGAACUCUGAGGCGACACUCAGAGGGAGAAAUCAGAACCCGCUGCUGCACGAGGUGGUCCUUUAUGGCCCACUGCGCACCCUCAGCUCCAGCUCAGCCUCGUAAGGAGCAAAUGGCAAUCUCCUAUUGUCCUCUUCCUCCACCCCUUGCCCCAGGUGUGUGGGUUGCAUCCCCGGACACACAGACCUGGUGCUGAGUCCUGCCCACUCCUCUGCAGCUACUCCUCUGUGCUUGGCCCUGCGCUGGCCUCGAAAACACUGUGGCCAAGCUGGGGGGGGGGGGUGCAGGUUAAAGCUGUCCUAACAGAGCUGUCACUUCAGGACUAAUUGAAGUCGAAGUUGCCCUGCAUCUUCUAGGAUUAGAAUCGCUGCCUUGGCAAUCACAAUAGCCAAUUUCCACAUCUCUGUACAUCUGCCAUUAUCGUUCUGCUAAUGCUUGGAUGUUAGAGCUGCGAGGGGAUUCUCUAAUGAGCUAGUCAGAGACUUAAAAAUAGGCUGUAAUUUGUAAUUUGGCUCCUCUCUUCAAUCGUUAAUUACGGUGUACUGAGCAACUAAUCCACCUUUCCGGAUAGACGUAUCGCUGGUAGCUCACCUACUAAAAUGUGUUAGCCUCCUGAAGAAUAAAUGUACACGAUGAAAAAUGUUCCUACGUGAUCAGAGACAUGCACAUUUCUCUGGCGGAGGCAGGUAGCCGUGUCCUAGGUGGACACAGACCAUCUGAGUUCCACCGAAGUCCAUGGAUCUGCUGUAAAGCUGAAAUUUCACUGCUCUUCUGGAAAUCUUUGUAGUUUGAAAACGGGAGAUGACAAUUUCAGUGAUGUAAUUGAGACCGAAGGCUGAAAAAGCAAAGGAAAUUGGAAACGUCAAGGUUGAUGGUUCAAGGUCAAUGUUGUAAUUCACCUCGGGCUUCCUGUUUUAAGUUGCUUUGAGGGAUGCUCUCCGAAAUCCAUUUGGACUGACGAGUUCACUGACAAACUUUUGCCUGUUACCACUGCCCGCUGCGUCGCCUUUGUGAAACUCCAGAGUCAGACGGUCACAUCACAGCACCCACCUCAAGCUGUGCCUGUGUCUCAGCCUGAACCAAUGGGCCAAAGACACCCAGUGUCUCCUGGCAACUCCACUCCUGCUGCUGCAAACCAAAGGGAAGCGGAUCAGCCAGGGUCCCGUGGGGACAGCUGCACUGUGUGGCUUGGGACAUGUCAGCGUUAGGGAGGCUGCAUGGUCUGACGUGGUCAGCCCCAUCGCUUUCUCAUGCUCUAAAUUCCCCAGUGUCCGUGGCUGAUAGCCAUUUUAGAUGCAGAACUGGUUUGAUGUUAUGCAGUGAGAUAGUUCCGUUUUUUUUGGCUUCCCUCUGUUCCACUGCACAGUCUUCAUUGGAGCUGCGCAGUUAAGUGCUGUCUGUCCUGCCUCAUAGGAAAAGGCUCUGACAGCCAUCCCAGAAGAUUCUUAGCAAGAAAAGGAGUCAUUUAUCCCCUUACAAAAAGGAAAACAAACAAAUGCACACGAACGGUGUAUGGUUGAUGUAAAUUUAUCAGAGAUUAAACAACAGUGCUAGUAAAACACAAACAGGAGAAUGCUUGGAAUGGGUAACAAAAAUGUUGACAAUUGUCAAUCAGAAGGUUGAAACUGUAUGUCUUGAUUUAAAAAAAGAAGAGAGUGGCCGAGGGGCAAGAUUCAGCAGGAAAGUUCAAGCUGGGGGGACUGUUUUGUACCAAGAAAAUAUAGAAUUGGGGGUGGGGGGAAAGAAUGAUCGAAUGGACGUUGUCCUUGUGACGUCCCGAAGCAGUUCCUCUCUUACGGCUCGCGGUAUGCACGUGCCGGCUUCUGGGUUACAGCUGCAGCCAUGUACCAAACGUUUUCUGGCAUAACCUAUUGUGAGCAGAAAUGUCAGCGUCAUCAAAAACCUUGUGUGUAAAUAUGACUCAUAAAUGAUUUCCGAGAGAUGUGAUUUAUUUUUCAUAUUUUUCAAGAUGCAUUCCAUUUCAAAUAAAGAGGUAUCUAUUGAAAGAA